CCUGAAGUGGUCAUGAAAGCCAAACAAGUCUUCUUCUCUGUCCUGCUGUUUGGGACCGCAGGGCUUCUGCUCUUCAUGUACCUGCAAGCCUGGAUUGACGAGCAUCACACAGGGAGAAUAGAGAAGAAAAGAGAACCAAAAGGAGUAUCAGUGACUACAGGAAAAAUCUGGAAACACAUCACAAAUCAGAACUCCGAGGUUCACAUGCCUGAAGAUCUAAAGAAGAAAAUGGGAAAUCUGCUCAACCUGGGGAGAUCCACUAGGGUUUUAAGGAAGAGCAGCCGUUCACAAAAGGAGGACAGAGCUCAUGGAUCAUCAACUGAAACACAUCAAGGAGCUAAAAUUCAAGUUUUUCAGACAUCCAUCCAGAUGGAAUGGCCACUGGUCACUCAGCCCUUAAAUAAAAGUUUGGUACAAGGCAACAAAUGGAAGAAGGCAGAUACAACCCAAGAGAAGCGUAGGUCCUACCUUCAUGAAUUUUGCAAGAAAUAUGGUGGAGGAAAUGAUCCCAAAUCCAACCUUUUUCAUAUGGUAUCUAGGAUAUAUGUAGAAGACAAGCACAAAAUCCUGUAUUGUGAAGUACCAAAGGCUGGUUGCUCUAAUUGGAAAAGAAUUCUGAUGGUCCUAAGUGGAUUGGCUUCCUCUGCAUACAAUAUCUCCCAUGAUACUGUACACUAUGGGAAGCAUCUGAAAACACUGGAUAGCUUUGACUUAAAAGGAGUGCACAUGCGUUUGAAUACCUAUACAAAAGCUGUGUUUGUUAGAGAUCCCAUGGAAAGAUUAGUGUCUGCGUUUAGGGAUAAAUUUGAGCAUCCCAAUAGUUACUACCAUCCAGUGUUUGGAAAGGCAAUUAUCAAGAAAUACCGACCAAAUGCCUCUGCAGAAGCAUUAAAUAAUGGAUCUGGAGUCAAAUUCAAAGAAUUCGCCUACUAUUUGCUGGAUGCUCACCGUCCAGUAGGAAUGGAUAUUCACUGGGAAAGGGUCAGCAAACUGUGUUAUCCAUGUUUGAUCAACUAUGACUUUGUAGGGAAGUUUGAGACUUUAGAAGAAGAUGCCAAUUAUUUUCUACAGUUGAUUGGUGCUCCAAAAGAGUUGAAAUUUCCAAACUUUAAGGAUAGGCACUCCUCUGAUGAAAGAACCAAUGCCCACGUGGUAAGGCAGUAUUUAAAGGACCUGAGUGCAGUCGAAAGACAGCUCAUCUACGACUUUUAUCACUUGGACUAUUUGAUGUUUAAUUACACAACUCCACAUUUGUAAUUUGCAUUCAUUUUCUAAAGCCCUACAUAGACUUAAUGAUGAUGGCUUCAA